AUGACUCAUCAACAAACUCCAGGAGUACCAGCAAGGUCCAACAAGGACAUUGCGAGUAAUUUAUACCACAGGCAGCAUGUUUUUUCGAAGAAUUCUUUUGACAAUCAUUUUCCCUGUGUGACAUUCACACACACCAGCACGCCGCAUUCGUGUGCGGUGAAUAAUGUUAUCUCAGAACAGCUAACGAACCCCCUCGCAUCCUUCGCACAAUUUCCAAGCUUUCCUUCACCCGCGUCUCGUCCUACCCAUUGUGAAACUGCGGCUUCAUCUUCUGCUGGAUUUCACGGCCAUCCGAAUUAG